GGCCGACAAAUAAAAAAACAAAAACACAACUAAUCAUAGGCUUCUCCAUCUCUCUUGUCUGCAGGAUGAUGCAAUUUUUCAGACAAUUUUCUUCCGAAAUCCUUUCGUAAUUCUGUUUUAUUUUUCAUCGUUUAUAGGUUCUUCCAAGAAAUUGAAUUUUUGGAGUGAGGGCUUCGAUGGAUUUGGAAUUUCAUAUUCUCCCUUUGUUUAAGAUUCUCGUUGUAUAAAAAAUGCAAUGGCUCUUCGGGGGAUGUUGUCUUGAUUUUGGGAGAAUCUUGUUUGAAUGGUCACGGCUUUUCUGAACAUUCGUGUGUUCUUUAUCAUUGUCUCGGCUCUGGUUCGAAAUGUCUCUCGGCCAAGAAAAUGUCGAUCCUGUUGAAGUUCCAGGGACGCACGCUUGCUUAUAUGAACUUUUAUGUUCAGAGACACCCAAAUGGACUCCUCUAAAGGAUUUGCAAACAUCUUCUUCUGAUCCCCGAGAUCGGUUGGAGAAGUUGCUUAAGCAACCUGGGAAUAAAUAUUGUGCUGACUGUGGCUCUCCUGAACCAAAAUGGGUAUCGUUGAGUCUCGGUGUAUUCAUCUGCAUUAAGUGUUCUGGUGUACACAGGAGUCUUGGAGUUCAUAUAUCUAAGGUUCUGUCAGUAAAGCUAGACGACUGGACAGAUGAUCAAGUUGACAUGCUUGUAGGGUAUGGUGGAAACACUGUAGUGAACCAGAGAUUCGAAGCUUGCAACAUCGACCAGUCAAAGAAACCCAAACCAGAUUCCACUAAUGAGGAACGCAAUGAUUUCAUCAGAAAAAAAUAUGAAAUGCACCAGUUUAUGGAUCCAAAGGAUGGUGCUUUGUGCCCUUAUCAGCAACCUAGCAAAGUAAAUACUUCACCACCGUCUUUAUGUUCCGCAAACCACCGUUCUACAAAAAACCGUAUUGGUCAUGCAUUUAGGAAUAGCUGGGGAAGAAGAGAAUCUGAUCCCAAAGGACCAAAGAAGAGCAAUUCCAUGGCAGGUAUGAUUGAGUUUGUGGGAUUAAUUAAGGUUAAUGUGGUAAAAGGAACCAAUCUUGCGGUUCGAGACGUCAUGACCAGUGAUCCUUAUGUUAUCCUUGCUCUUGGCCAACAAUCGGUAAAAACACGGGUGAUAAAGAACAACUUGAAUCCUGUAUGGAAUGAGACGCUAAUGCUUUCCAUACCCGAGCCCAUGCCUCCUCUCAAAGUGCUAGUGUACGACAAAGAUACAUUCUCGACAGAUGAUUUCAUGGGAGAGGCAGAGAUAGACAUACAACCAUUGGUGAGCGCAGCAAAAGCUUACGAGACAUCAAGCAUAAAGGAACCGAUGCAGCUGGGGAGUUGGGUGGCGAGCAAAGAAAACACAUUGGUGAGAGAUGGCAUAAUCUCGCUGGAAGAAGGGAAAGUGAAACAAGACAUAUCACUUAGGCUCCAAAAUGUCGAGAGAGGUGUACUUGAGAUCCAGCUUGAAUGUCUUCCUCUCACUCAAUGAUGCUUCUACUUUCUUCUUGAUCCCUCAUUUUCAUUAAAGUUUUACUUUUUUUUUUUUAUCAAUAGUGAAGAGAUGAUGAUGCUACUUUCUUCUUGAUCCACCUCAAAACCUAUGUAAAAAUUAAACCAUAAUAUGAUUUUGAUGAUUCUUCAGAGAACCAAAUACUAGUUUCUA